CCUCUGACCCCUAGGGACCUGUCCUUCAUCCAGGUCAUCAACGUGGGCCGGAGCUUCCUGGUCAACAGGGUGCAGGACUACAUCCAGAGCAAGAUCGUGUACUACCUUAUGAACAUCCACGUGCACUCUCACUCCCUCUACCUGUGUCGACACGGAGAGAGCGACCACAACGUGGAGGGACGCAUCGGGGGCGACGCAAUGCUGUCUGUUCAAGGGAAAAAGUUUGCUGGAGCGCUAAAGGGUUUUGUGGAGGAGCAUGGUCUGUCAGACCUAAAGGUGUGGACCAGCCAGCUGAGGCGGACCAUCCAGACUGCUGAGGAGCUCGGGGUGCCCUACGAGCAGUGGAAGAUACUCAACGAGAUUGAUGCCGGUGUGUGUGAGGAGAUGACCUAUGAGUUAAUUGAGGAAACCUACCCUGAGGAGUUUUCCCUGAGAGACCAGGACAAGUACCACUACCGCUACCCAGGAGGAGAGUCCUACCAGGACCUAGUGCAGAGGUUAGAGCCGGUCAUCAUGGAGCUGGAGAGACAAGGCAACGUGCUGGUCAUCUGCCACCAGGCUGUCAUGCGAUGCCUGCUUGCUUACUUCCUGGAUAAGAGUGCAGAUGACCUGCCCUUCUUGAAGUGUCCCCUCCACACGGUUCUAAAGCUCACCCCUGUGGCUUAUGGUUGUAAAGUGGACAUGUUUGACCUGAAAGUGAAGGCUGUGAACACUCACCGGGAUAGGCCAUUAGCGAAAGUCCGUAAUGACGUCGAUCCCACCACAUUCCUCCGAAGGAACAGUUUCACCCCGCUGUCCAGUCACGACCAGGUGAAGCGACCGCGCCUCUACAGCGCUGGCAACCCACCUCAAUCUCGACGCCCCCUGGCCCCCUUUCUACCCAGCAUGCAGUCCUUCGAGGACCCUGAGGGAGCAGAGUUUGCACAAAGCCAAGAGUCUCUCAACUGCUUCAGCCCAGGAGACGCAGAAGAUGCUGUCCAUAGUUGAAGAGGACCAAGAAGAGUGUCUCCACUCCCCCACAUCCUCGCUGUCAUCAGACCUGGGUUCAAAUACUAUUUAAAAUAUUUUUAAAUACCUUGAGUGUGCUUUAGCCUGCCUGGAGUGCCAGAUGGGUAGUGUUUGCACUUUGGUUCCAUUGCAACAGGCAAGCGCUAUAUAGCACAGCUAAAUUAUUUGAAAUUAUUUCAAAUUGAAUUUGAACCCAGGUGCCCUCUGUCUGUACCCAGUCCAUCCACUCCAGGGUGAAUAAUCAUCUAAUGCUCAGGCUUGCUUCAUACCAUGCCAGCCUUACCAAUUUUAUUGUCAAGCAGUGGUUCAAGCACACCACCUUAGCAGCAAAUAGUUACGGAAUGUCGUUGUUGUAGUGGCCAGAAUUUGUUCUACAGCUGUUCUAUUUCUGUUGAAUCUGUUAGAUAGAUGGUGUGUGUGGGUGAAGAGCGAUAUGAUUUGAGACAAACAUGACCUUGCACACACACUUAUCAACAUUCAACGUUUAAUUUACUGUGAACAGAACUUUGGAAUGUUGAAUAGACGACAUCCUUGAGGUUAUUUGUCUCAGUAGAUUUUAGUCAUUUAGUGAUUUGUCUAUUACAAUUUAUUUUAUUUACACUGUAACUAAUGGUGAGGGUUGCCACACUGAAAAAUUUAUCAAAAACAAAGCACUGACUACAAACACUGUCUUAUCCUUAAAUUCUUAUCCUUUAAUUCUACGAUGUAGUUUAUAAACAAUUACUUAAGGUCUUGUGAAUAAUAUAUGCUAAACAAAAAUAUAAAUGCAACAUGCACAAAUGUCAACGAUUUUACUGAGUUACAGUUCAUAUAAGGAAAUCAGUC